AGGGAGGAGGCAGGACCGGACACCACCGGCCCACAGACACACCAUACACCAACAGUCAGAGACCCCGGUGAGGAGGAAGGGGAGGAGGGAGGCCGGUCGCCCUUCGUUCAACAACCCUUUGGCUCAUCAUCAGGGAUUAUUGGCUGGACUUUACUUCACAACAGAGCUAGCUAGUAGCUAGCUAGCUAAAAGCUGGCUCCGAGAAGUCGAGCGUUGGGACUGAAAUCGUGAUUGUCUGUCUGGGUUUGGAGACUCUGGUGAUAGAUCCAAGUAAAGGGUGCGGGUUAUGAGGUGGUCUCGGGAUCAUCUUGGGAUUGUUGUAUACCGCCUCUUUGUGUAGGUCAGGGAUCAGGCAGGGGGAGGGUGGUCAAUCAGGAUGUCGUUGAUUGCGAGCAGUUCGGAUGCUUGUGCCUCCAUCGUCAACUCGUUGAUGCAUCACCGACAAGGUGGUGAAUCCGAAUCGUUUUCGAGGAGUGCCAUCCAGAGCUUAGUGAAAAAGCUCAAAGAGAAACGGGACGAGUUGGACGCCCUGAUCACGGCCAUCACCACCAAUGGAGCCACACCCACGGGGUGUGUCACCAUCCCGAAGACCUUAGAUGGCCGACUCCAAGUGGCUUCUCGCAAGGGUUUCCCGCACGUGAUCUAUGCCCGCAUUUGGCGAUGGCCCGAUCUCCAUAAGAAUGAGCUCAAACAGAUGGAGUUCUGUCUCUACGGUUUUGACCACAAAGACAAGGACUUGGUGUGCAUCAAUCCCUACCAUUACAAUCGAGUGAUCGGGCCGGGAUUGGAUCUGGCCGGAUUGACCCUGCAGACCAUGGGGGCGGGCCAAGGAGGGGGUUGGGGUGGCUUCACGGCGGGAAUGGGUCGAACUUGGGGCACCAAUGGCAACCCCCACGCCCAAUCGAUUUACUACCCGGGACACAAUGGCGUGGCGGGUAGCAAUGGGACGGGUCGGCCUAAACCCGCUGAAGUGAAACCGACCCAAGAAGUGACCCCUGGGAGCAAUGGCAAUGGGAACAACAGUCACUGGUAUGUCAAAGGUAGCACGUUGAGUUACCACGGUAAUGGCAAGAAUGGAGGCAACGAUAACGGGCAUGGCCCGUGGCCCAAUAAUCGGACCCCAGUCCCAACCACGGGCACCAACGGAGAUCAGGUCAAACCUGUCGCUCCCACAUCAGUUCCGGACAAGGCUGUACAGAACACUGCCGUGGGCCCCAUUUCGCGUCAACCCAUUCCGGAAAAUUGGUGUUCCAUCGCUUAUUUUGAACUUGACACGCAGGUGGGUGAAACUUUUAAAGUGCCCGCCUCCCAUCGAUCCGUCACUGUAGACGGAUACUUCAGUCCCAUUACUGCCGCGGGAGUGAAGCGGUUUUGCCUUGGAGCUUUAACUAACGUUCAUCGAACGGAUGCCAGCGAGAAAACCCGCAAGUACAUCGGGUCCGGGAUUCAACUCGAGCUUCAAGGCGAGGGCGACGUGUGGAUUCGGUGUCUCUCGGGCUACGCCAUUUUCGUGCAGAGUUAUUACUUAGAUCGGGAGGCUGGCCGGGCUCCCGGAGACGCGGUUCACAAAAUACACCCAGAAGCUUACACCAAGGUCUUCGAUCUCCGCCAAUGUUUUGAUACAAUGCGUCUUCAAUGCGCCAACGCCAGUGCGGCCACAGCUGCUCAAGCGGCCGCCGUUGCGGGCCAUCUGCCAGGCAUGUCCUCUGUGGGCGGAAUCGCGCCGGCCAUCUCGUUAACGGGCGCCGGUGGCAUCGGUGUAGAUGACCUUCGGCGUCUGUGCAUCCUGCGUCUGUCCUUUGUCAAAGGCUGGGGUCAGGACUACGACAAACGAUUGAGCAUCAAAGAGACCCCUUGUUGGAUCGAAAUCCAUCUCCACAGGGCAUUACAAUUGUGCGACGAGGUCCUUCAUUCGAUACCUGAAUCCCAACGCAAGCAAAUGCCUAACAUCUCUGAUUAGUAAUCGUUUUUUGCCGGCCCUAGGCUCCUUGGCUUUUAAGAUAAAAAGAUGAAACACAAGAUGCACGUUUGUGCACGAGACUGAUCGAUCAAAUAAUCUACCUCAUGGCACAUUCGCUCAUUCCUGCCCGUGUUCCAUAAUCACUUUGAACUCGUUAACGAUUGCCAAUCCCAGUUCCAUUAUCAUUCAUUUCUUCUAAACUUUUCAUUAGAGACUAGCCCAAUUAUCCGCUCUGACAGUUGUCAUUCAAAGCAUGUCAAAAACACUUUUCCACAAUACUGUUUCAUCAUCAUCUGCGAAGAAGUCGUUGAUUCCAGAUUCUUCGUUCUUUUGUCAAAGAAACCCCCCUUACAAACACACACAAACACGCAUAACUCGCCAUU